CCGACGCAGCCUGGCGAUCAGAUCUACACGUGACGUCGCACGUGCACCAGGCCAUCUCGCGGUGUUCUUGGCUCUUACAUUAUACAUGCGGAGGAUUUGAACAUUUUGUGAUUGUGAAAGGAUAGAAAAUCACCUAGUGCUUUGGAAAAGAAAGAGUCAACGAAAACGGAGCGCGGACAGGAAUACAUCUACGCACGCGCAAAGAAAUUUGUUCAGGAAAGGAAAAUCAAAUACAUGGGCUCUCUGAAAGCCUAGAAGUGAUUUAGUUCAUACAUUUUUUAAUUUUUGGAAACGUGUAUAUUUGUGCUUCCAAGAUGUGUGUCAAGGUUGUAUAUCAGAGAAGCGUGAGUCACCUGAAUGGGUAAAUGUUGCUCCAAACCGAACCAAGAAGUAGAGACGAAGGAAGAGACGCAGGAGGUGCUUCUCCAGGAGGACCCCGGAGGCACCAUGACGGGCGGAACCGUCAUCGUGAGGACCCCAGGUCGCUGGGGCGUCACGGCCACGACCACUAACACGUCACCGUCUUUCAAGAGGACCAUCAUUACUUCCGGCCCCUCCAUGGGGGCAGCCACGGGUGCGUCCGUCACCAAGACCUUCCAUUUUAGCAACAAUGGCACCGCGAAAGAGUCCAUCACCUUCAGAACGGAAGGGGGUUUUGCAGAGCGAAUUGUCACCACCGGCAAGAGCAACCAGCAGGGCGUUAAAGGGCGUCCCAAUGCCAAGGGGAAGCGCGUCGUCUCCUCCGGAACCGCUGUCAUCAACGAUGGGAACAAACAAGCUUUCUUCAACAUUGCGCCGUCCGUCAACACCGCCAGGAUGGGCAAGACCAGCGUAGAAACAACGACUCGCACCUACACCAAAGAUGGCAAGCGGUACGAGGAGACAGUAGUGGUCGAGACGAAGGAGGACGAAGAUGGCAACGUCACCAAGACCACCAAGACGACCACGCGUACCCUCGACCCCUACAGCACCGGCGAGCUCUCGUCGGCCCUCGAAGGUGCCAAGACAAGUCGCGGCGGCCGGAAAAAGUCUUCUUCCUCGAGCAGCGACUCUUCGCCUGAGAGGACCAAGAGUAAAACGAAGAAGAGUGGCCAGGCGUCGGGCGACUCCAUCCUUAGCAAACUGAGGAUGAAGAAGAGCGAAAAGUCCGACGAUGACUCCAGCGACGACGAGGACUUCGUGGAGACUGUCCACAAGGCCGUCAAUGAGUACAGGAAGAAACACGGUGUAAAUAAACUCAAGCUCAGCAAGGAGGUGAACCACGUACCUACGGCGAGAGAGAGAAAAUUAAUGAACAAGUACGCCAAGGAAUGGGCCAGGAAGCUGGCGAAGGACGAAAAGAUGUCGCACCGGCCGGACAACAAGUACGGCGAGAACGUCUUCUGCCUCUCGUCGAACUCGAAGACUUUCAAGGUUAAAGGUGAUGAGGUGGUGGAAAAAUGGUACUCAGAAAUAAAGGAUCAUAAGUUUGGCGAGGAACCCAAGGGAACUAUUCUGAAAUCAGGUCACUUCUCUCAGCUUGUGUGGAAGGAUGCCAAGCAAAUGGGCGUAGGCAAGGCGAGGAGCGCCGCGGGGACCAAGGUUUUCGUGGUGGCUAACUUUGACCCUCAGGGCAACUGGAUGGGACAGUUCGCCGAGCAAGUCCCUCCUGUCGGUGGAUUCGCCAAGGCCUCAGGGGGCAAGUCGUCUGUCUUCAAGGCCAAGUCUCGCAAGUCCUCCUCGAGUAGUUCCGAUUCUUCUUCCGAAGAGGAUGAUUUCGUCGCAGACUGCCUCAAGGCCCAUAAUGACUACCGCAAGAGACACGGGGUUCCUCUUCUCAAGAUCAGCAAAGACCUCAACAAGUUCGCCAAAGAGUGGGCUGACAACAUCGCCAGAAAGGACGUGAUGCAGCAUCGCCCGAAUGUCCAGUAUGGAGAGAACAUUUACUGCGCUUGGUCCUCCAAUCCCGCUCACAAGAUCAAAGGUUCUGAAGCAGUUGAUUCUUGGUACAGCGAGAUAAAGGACUAUAGGUUCGGCAGGGAACCCGCUGACCUCAGGGCUGGUCACUUCACGCAGGUGGUGUGGCGGGACACGAAGGAAAUGGGCGUAGGAACGGCCCGCUCCAGAAGCGGCAAAUUCUACGUCGUUGCAAACUAUAACCCUGCGGGUAACAUGGUCGGCAGCUUUAGCACCAAAGUCCCUAGUCUUAAGUAGAUGAUUUAUGUAUAAUUUUUAAAGGAAGGAGAUGGAGAUGUUUAGAAAUGAAUCAAAUAAAAUGUUUGGUAAAUGAAAAUGAAACGUCUCGGUCAGAUGAAACAUAAUGGGGCAUUCACAACCAUAAAGACAUGAAAUACAGUAUUAAUCAUGAAAGACAAAUACUGUAAUGAUCAGAAACAUGUCUAUGUAUAUUUACACACACAUUGCAUAUACAUGCAUAUACAGUAGUACAUAUACCUAUCUCACAUGUCACACACACACACACACACACACACACACA